CCUAUCUGUACACCGUACUGUGCAAAUUUAACUUUUUAUCAUUGAAACGCGCGAUAAAUCACUGUUCAUCCACUUUUCAUUUGAAAAGCUGGAAGUAAUUUAAUUUUGUUUACCUGGAACUAUUUUUGAGCUGUGUUUCAAACCAGGUUCAAAAUGAGUCAGAGAGGAGGAAGAGUAAAACUUGGAUUGCUCAUCUUUAUCUUUCUUGUUGGCUGUGUUGUUGUCGCCGUUGUGACGUGGCAUUUCACUAAACGCUCGAACGAAAACAACACGUCUUCACACACAAGUCCACAGAAGUCAGUCACUGAAAUGAAUCUUGGUGAAACGACAAUACAAAACAAUUUGAAAAUUGACAUUAAACGUAAAACUCAAACUGUACUAUCAGGACAAUUGUGGGAUGAUAAGUUGCGUGUUAAUUUUAAGGAAUGGUCAAACACAAAUGAUUGGAAGAGAACUGCGACAUGGUCACGUGAUAGGAAGUUGGAUGUCUCUUACAAAGAAGAGGGCGGGGUUCCUUGUUAUCAGUUUCAUUGGAAGGUAACGGUCGGCUUGGAGUCAGUUUUGUCAGACUGUUGGGACAUAGGAGACGCACACUGGUAUGGCGGGUUUGAAGAUUACUAUCAACCGUGGCCCCUGGAAAAAAUGUCGCGAAAUAUGUCGGCUUACAUUGUCGACGAUUCAUAUCAAAAGAAACUGGGUGGCGUACAGGAGAGGUAUUUUAUUACCUCUAAAGGGGUUGGUAUUUAUAUAGAGGAAGACGUGCCAUUAUAUAUCAGCAUCAACGCCUCAAACGACAGGAAAGUUUGUUUACAAGCCAAGUACGAAAAAUACCCUUACCAAAACUAUAAGAAGCUCCUUCCUUCACUUAAUUACCAUAUUUGUGUGUCAACUGAUGUGAAAUUAAUUCAUGAUUUCAUGUCAAGAACCUUCAUAAAACUUCGACCAACAGAUAUUCCAGAUAGCAGUAUGUUCCGAAAGCCGAUAUGGUCGACAUGGGCACAAUAUCAUAAAGACAUUAACCAGUCUUUAAUCCUAGACUUUGCAAACAAUAUAAUAAGAAAUAAUUUUACUCACUCUCAGCUAGAAAUUGACGAUGACUGGACGCCAAAAUAUGGAGACAUUGACUUCAAUGUUGCAAAGUUUCCGAAUGCAAGAGCAAUGAUCAAGCAGUUAAAUGACAUGGGAUUUCGUGUGACAGUCUGGCUUCAUCCCUUCUUUAACCUCGAUUCGAACGCGUUCACUGAAGCAGCAUCAAGGUUCUUCCUGAUUCGUCAGUUUGAUUCCCCGCUACCUGGACUGGUUUCUUGGUGGGAUGGUAAACUUGCUGGAAUUAUUGAUGCAACAAAUCCAGAGGCAGUUGAAUGGUAUCUAAAUCAAACCAAGUUUCUCCAAAACACGUACAACAUAAGCUCCUUCAAAUUUGAUGCUGGUGAGGUGAAUUGGCUUCCAAAGGUUUAUUCUGCAAACUUUGACAUACCGAACGAAUACAGCAAACACUGGGCAAAUCUUGCGUAUAAAGCCGAUGAAACAGUUCGUCACCAAGAGGUGCGUGUUGGCUAUAAAACGCAGGAUUUGCCAAUUUUUGUAAGAAUGCUCGAUAAAGACAGCAACUGGGAUUAUACCAAUGGACUGAAAACUCUGAUUCCUACGGCCCUGACCUUUGGCAUUCUGGGAUAUCCAUUUAUACUUCCGGAUAUGAUAGGAGGGAAUGCAUAUUAUACUCACCCAGAGAGAGAACUCUAUAUCCGCUGGAUGCAGGCGAAUGUGUUUCUGCCUUCGCUUCAGUUUUCCAUAGUACCAUGGCAAUACGACGAGGAGGUGAUAAAUCUAACUCGCCGCUUUAUUCAGCUUCACGAAGACUAUACAGAAACCAUCCUAAAACUUGCAAGGGAAGCCACGGCUACUGGAGCGCCUAUCGUACGACCCUUAUGGUGGAUAGCACCAAAAGACGAAGUGGCUCUGACCAUAGAUUCGGAAUUCCUUCUAGGAAACGACAUUCUUGUGGCACCGGUUCUUGACAAAGGUGCAUCGUCACGUGAUGUGUACUUACCGGGGGGACAGUGGAAUGAUGUUCUUAGAGGGGGAGUCAAACAAGGAGGCUGGUAUAGAAACUACAAGGCUGACCUUCAUGAGCUUCCUUAUUUCAUACGGAAUAAUUAGGGAAACUAUUGCUGUAAAUAAAACGUUAUUCUUGAGAUACUAGUAUUUACUAUGCCUAUGUUUUAUUUCGGGCAAAGUAUGCCUUGAAAAAUAUAAGGAGUGUAUUAUUUAAAAACCUCGUUU